GGAUCACAACACAACACAAAACAAAUAUCAUGCUUUCCACCUCUACCCUUCUCCGGUAACCACCAACACUUGCAUUGCACUCACCAAAACAACAACAUCACAUUACAUAUUUACAUUGAUAUCAAAUUGUACUACAUAGUAACAGAAAGUCCAGUGUGUUUGAUUGAGUGUUAGAGAAAGAAGAAGAAGAAGAAAACAGAGUGAGAUACUCUGUUCUGAAACAGGGGAAACAGAGGAAAGUGAUUGUUUCUUUGAAAGUUUCAAUUUCAGUGUGCGAGUGAUGGAACAGAAAAGCUUUCUGAUAUCAGCGCUGAGUGUUGGGGUGGGAGUGGGAGUGGGGAUUGGAUUGGCUUCUGGACAAACCGUUGGCAAAUGGGGUGGUUGCAACUUUUCUUCAAACGCUAUUACUGCUGACAACAUAGAGCAGGAAAUGCUCCGGCAAGUUAUUGAUGGCAGAGAAAGCAACGUCACUUUUGAUAAAUUCCCUUACUAUCUCAGUGAGCGGACAAGGGUUUUGCUGACAAGUGCUGCUUAUGUCCAUUUAAAGCAUGCUGAGGUUUCCAAAUAUACACGUAAUCUUGCUCCUGCAAGCCGAACAAUUCUACUCUCAGGGCCUGCAGAACUUUACCAACAGAUGCUUGCCAAGGCUUUAGCUCAUUACUUUGAGGCCAAGUUGCUUCUCCUAGAUUUAACUGACUUUUCAUUGAAGAUUCAGAGUAAAUAUGGUUCUUCUUCCAACAAAGAAUCUUCUUUCAAAAGAUCCACUUCAGAGACUACUUUGGAGCGGCUAUCGGACCUAUUUGGGUCAUUUUCAUUCUUUCCACAAAAGGAGGAACCUAAAGGUAAAAUGCACAGGCCAAGCAGUGGAAUGGACCUACAAUCAAUGGGGGCUGAAUCAUCUUGUAAUCCUCCAAAGCUCCGAAGGAAUGCUGCUUCUUCAUCGAAUAUUAGCGGCCUUGCUUCGCAAAACAAUCCUACAAAUCCAGCUCCACUGAAGCGCACAAGCAGCUGGUCUUUUGAUGAAAAGCUCCUUAUACAGUCUCUUUACAAGGUUCUGGCUUUUGUGUCAAAAACCUAUCCCAUUGUGCUAUAUCUGCGGGAUGCUGAUAUGUUAUUAUACAGAUCACAAAGGAUAUAUAACAUGUUCCAGAAAAUGUUAAAGAAACUUUCUGGACACAUUCUGAUUCUUGGCUCACGAGUUCUUGAUUCUGGUAAUGACUAUGAAGAGGUGGAUGAGAAGCUUUCUAUGCUCUUCCCAUACAACAUAGAAAUCAGACCCCCAGAAGAUGAGUCGCAUCUUGUUAGCUGGAAGUCUCAAUUGGAAGAGGAUAUGAAGAUGAUACAAGUUCAGGAUAACAAGAACCAUAUCAUGGAAGUGCUUGCAGCCAAUGAUCUUGAUUGUGAUGACCUGGAUUCCAUCUGUGUAGCAGACACAAUGGUUCUCAGUAACUAUAUUGAAGAGAUUAUUGUGUCAGCAAUUUCUUAUCAUUUGAUGAAAAACAAAGACCUUGAAUACAGAAAUGGAAAACUCAUUAUUUCUUCCAAUAGUUUGUCCCAUGCAUUGGGUAUAUUCCACAAGGGGAAAUUUGGUGGUAAAAAAGAAUCAAGUGAUACGUCAAAAUUGGAAGAUCAAGCUGUGAAACCUGAGCAAAAGGAGGAAGGAAAUGUUACAAAACCAGCAGAGAAGUCUGAAGGUGCUGCUCCUGCAAAAAAUGCUGAAGCAGAAAAGUCAACUUCAGUGGGAAAGGGGGAUGGUGAAAUUUCAGUUCCAGCUUCCAAAGCUGUUGAAGUUCCUCCUGAUAAUGAAUUUGAGAAGCGAAUAAGGAGUGAGGUUAUACCAGCAAACGAUAUUGAUGUCACGUUCUCUGAUAUUGGUGCCUUAGAAGAGACCAAAGAAUCCCUUCAAGAACUAGUUAUGCUUCCUCUUCGAAGGCCAGACCUUUUCACUGGCGGGCUUCUAAAGCCUUGCAGAGGAAUAUUGCUAUUUGGGCCUCCCGGCACGGGGAAGACAAUGUUGGCGAAGGCCAUUGCAAAGGAGGCUGGAGCUAGUUUCAUCAAUGUAUCAAUGUCUACCAUCACUUCUAAGUGGUUUGGUGAAGAUGAGAAGAAUGUCCGCGCUUUGUUUACACUUGCAGGCAAGGUCUCACCAACUAUUAUAUUUGUGGAUGAGGUUGAUAGCAUGCUUGGGCAGAGGACCAGAGUAGGGGAGCAUGAAGCCAUGCGAAAAAUCAAGAAUGAAUUCAUGGCUCACUGGGACGGGCUUAUGACGAAACCUGGGGAGCGUAUCCUUGUCCUUGCUGCAACCAAUAGGCCCUUCGACUUGGAUGAAGCUAUUAUUAGGCGUUUUGAAAGGAGAAUUAUGGUAGGACUACCAUCUGUGGAGAACAGGGAAAAGAUUUUGAGGACACUAGUGGCAAAGGAAAAGGUGGACCAGGAACUUGAUUUCAAGGAACUCGCAAUUAUGACGGAAGGAUAUACUGGAAGUGAUCUGAAGAAUUUAUGCACAACUGCUGCUUAUCGGCCUGUUAGGGAGUUGAUUCAGCAAGAGAGACUAAAGAUCCUGGAUAAAAAGCAGAAAACUGCCAUGGAACAGAAUAAAGAUGUCCAAGACAGACAAGGAGAAAAAUCAAUGGUAGGAAGUACCCAAGAUGCUCAAGAUACAGAAAAGGAAGUUCAACAAGAAAGAGUUAUUACCCUCAGGCCAUUGAAUAUGCAGGAUUUCAAAGAGGCCAAGAAUCAGGUUGCUGCAAGCUUUGCAGCAGAGGGGGCUGGAAUGGGUGAGCUGAAGCAGUGGAAUGAAUUGUAUGGAGAAGGCGGUUCGAGGAAGCAACAACAAUUGUCCUACUUCCUUUGAAAAUUACUGAGGAACAGAGAAAAUUCACAGGUUAACAUUUUCCACAGGAUAGACACUCAUCAAGCAACUGAGAAUUUGCUAGUGAUAUUAUUUUACCCAUAGGCCAGUUGCAAGGUUAAUUUGUGGUGUUAUCUAUAGUGUGUUACUUUUUCUGUCAACCCCUAUAAGCAGAAUGUGGAGUUAUUUAUUAGCAUUGUAUGUAGUGUUUGUUGCA